UAUAUUCGGAUAAUGAUUUAGUACAUGUUGAUAAGUUGGAGCUAACGGUUCAUAGGUGAAUUGGUGUCGUAGCGUUUCACAGUAGUUUCUAACAAACAUGGCAAAAUCGCUCGAUUUACCUGGUGGAUAUAAAAUUCCCGUUGUGGGAUUAGGAACGUGGGAUGCAAAAGACGAAAGAGAAUUGGUGAUGGCCGUAAACGCUGCUCUUGAAUUGGGUUACCGUCACAUCGACACAGCUUUUGCCUACGAAAACGAAAAAAUCAUUGGCGGAGUGCUGAAACAGUGGUUUAACUUGGGAAAACUGAAGAGGGAAGACAUUUUCAUCACAACAAAGCUACCUGUAACAGCAGUAAGGGCAGACAAAGUGGAAGAAUUUUUGAAAAAGUCCCUGGAAAAUUUGGGUUUGGAUUACGUAGAUCUGUACUUGAUACACUUCCCUGUAUGUUUAAAGGUCAAUCAGGGUGAAGCUGUUGCCAAGAAGACUUACGACACCGAAAACACAGAUCAUGUUGCAGUUUGGAAAAAAAUGGGAGAGCAAGUUGACAAUGGCUUGACACGAUCCAUAGGUUUAUCCAAUUUCAACAUAAAACAAAUCCAAAGAAUCCUCGACUCAAACCCAAAGCACAAGCCAGCCAAUUUGCAGGUCGAAGUUCACGUUUACUUUCAACAACAUGAACUGAUAGAUUACUGUAACAAGAAUGGCAUAACCGUCACUGCCUACUCUCCUUUAGGAACGCCUGGAAUCAACAAGUUCUUAAUAUCACUCGGACAAGAGCCGAAAAAACUACCUGACAUGUUGUACAAUGAACAAAUUAAGCAAAUUGGUGACAAACACAAAAAGAGCAACGCUCAGGUGAUGUUGAAGUUUCUCUUGCAGAAGAAUUUGAUUGUCAUACCAAAGAGUGUCAAACCAACUCGUCUGAAGGAAAACAUCGAUCUUUUUGACUUCACUCUCGACAAUGAAGAUUUGAAGAUACUCAAUUCAAUGAACGUGGGACCUCAAGCUCGUAUUUGCGAUUGGAAAAUGUUGCCAGGGUUGGAAUUCAAUCCGGAGUACCCUUUUGAGAAAUAAUUUUGUUUGAAUAUAAUCUACAACGAUACUUUAAAAUAAAAUAUUUUUCUAAAA